AUGGCUACAGAGGACUUUGCUCAGAUGAUCACCCUCGCCGAGCUCAAGCCCCGCGUGAGCUCCCAGCAGUUCAGCGAGUUUCGGGAAAAGUUCCAGUUUAUUUUCAGCACAGAUGUAAACUCUGACUUGAACCUUCCCGUGCGGGAGAACAACAGUGAUGUCGCUCGUGACUUGUUGAGGGUGAGCUUCAGAUACCUGCACCAGAGCAGCCCUGUUCUGAUGGAUCUUCAGACAGCCUUUGAGGAUGUGGCGAGAUGCAAGCUCUCACUUGUGCCGCUGGACUUAUUGCAAGCACAGGCAAAGAGGCUUGAAGACUGGCUUGUGCCGGUGAUACACGAGGCAAAUUUGGCUGCGUGCAAGCAGCUUGUCACGGAUUUGCGUGAGGCAAUGGCACACCUUGAUGAUGUACAGGACUUGCGUACAUCGCUUUGCUUUUUGUACCUGGCGCAUGACAAGGUCCAGCGGGAGCUGCCAAGCAGCCCAGCUUGGGUUGCGAGUCAGCGGCAUGCCCUGCUGCGGACUUAUUGCGCCAUAGUUUUAAUGGACGACGCAAGUGCCCCCAUGAUGCGUGCAAGUUUCUCGCGCAUUCCUGUUUCAACUCGGCAAUAUUUGCAGAGGGCAAGGGCUGGCCCCGGCUAA